AUGCGGGCUUGCAUCUCGCUCGGCGCCAGCUUUGACGUGGCGCUCGCGCCGGCGCUAGCCGAUAGCUUCUUCCUCGACAUGACCAACGACAAGAUCGACGCGCUCUACGAGAUGCUCGGGAGCAUCAAACAGCGAGAACGCCCGCGCGACCCCGAAAUCGGCUUUGCGGCGCUGGACCGCAUGGUCUUUGACGUGCUCGACAACUGGAUGCAGUCGGCGCUGCGUGAGCGCAUUCACAAGUCGCAAGGGUCUCUGGAUGCCGCCAAGUACAACGCCGCCCUCGCGGGUCUCCUCUGUUACCAGUGCCACUUUGACCAAGCCGUCGCACCCUGUGAGGCGGCGCUGCAGCUGUACGAGGAAACGCUGGGCCCAAAUGCGCGCGUGUACCUCGAGUCGCGAGGCUUUCUCGGU